CUCGUCUCUGGCAUUGGCGCCAGUCAGCACGUUGCCGAGACCUUGUACAUCUUUCGAUUCCGUAUUCUAAACCAGCACCUUUGACCUCACAACAAGCACCCUGCUGGGAUUGCCUCUCGACACAUUGCAGGACUCCGGCGGUCACCGGUCACUCCGCGUCGCACAGCGACUAGCGCAUUCUAUCACUUCUAUUGUCGACGACGUGUAUUACCUUCGCUUUUGGCAGAGAGCUGAUAUACAACUUCUCUAUCGUGGGCUCAAAGCUCCAUCGUCUUUCGAGCUCCGGCCCGGGUACCUUGAGCUUGCACGUCCAUUUUUUCUGGGAUGACUGUCUCCCAUAGAAAGCGACAACACCAACCGGAUGAAAUCCAAACUGUAAACGAGCCCGGCUUGCAGAUUCAAUGUGAUUGCUGUCAAUGCGACUUGACCCAUUCUGCUCGUAUCAAGUGCGCCGAUCCUGUCUGUGAGCCGGGAGAUGGCGUAGAUAUCUGCCCUACCUGCUUUUGCGCUGGCAAAGAGUUCGCCAAACACAAAGCAGGUCAUGCAUACCGAGUCAUUGAACUUCACUCUUAUCCAAUUUUCUCUGCUGACUGGGGAGCAGAUGAGGAGCUCUUACUUAUCGAGGGAAUAUCUCAGGAAGGCCUCGGAAAUUGGCAGAUGAUCGCAGAACACAUUGGUACUCGCACAAAGGAAGAUGUAGAAGAACACUACAAUAGCAUAUAUGUCAAUUCCCCCAAUUGGCCACUUCCUCGGAUGGAUGUCGAAUUCAACAUUGAACCAGAUGAAUUCCAGGCUCGCAAGCGCAGGCGAAUGUCAACCAUGACCACUUCUUUACCUCCUCCACCCAAGGUAGCCCCAACCUCCGCCCCCGGGGUACAUGAAAUUGCCACUUUCCUCCCUGGUAGGCUCGAGUUCGAACAUGAGCUCGAUAAUGAAGCGGAGGAUCUUGUAAAGGAUCUAGAAUUUGGAAUUUGCCAUGCAUGGGGCGGUGAUCAGAUUAUAGAAGAUGAGAAUGACGCGGAUGUCCGCGCCAGGGCACGGAUGCAGGAAGAACGCAAAACUGCUGCCGGUUCCAGAAACAGCAGUCAGCCACCUGUCAAUGGUGUUAAUGGCAUUAUGAAUGGCAACGGACAUCUUCCAAUGAACGGCGAUUCGCGUGUCAAGUCAGAGGAACCAUCUAGCGAACAGCAGGCCUCAACGGAGGACGACGCAAAUGCGGAAGAAGCGACACUGCCUCCUCCAUAUGAGACGGAAGAAUCACUCGCCUUUAAGCUGACACUGAUGGAGAUGUACAAUCAGCGUCUCGACAAACGACGAGAGGCCAAAUCUAUCAUAUAUGAACGAGGUCUCUUGGAAUACAAGAAGAUGCAAGCGGCGGAAAAGAAGCGUCCGAAGGAAGAAAAGGACAUUGUUCAACGACUCCGACCGUUUGCUCGACUUCAGACUGCUGAGGAUUUUGAAGUUUUCACAGCUGAUAUUCUCUACGAAGCCAUGCUAAGAAAGAGAAUACAAGAUCUGCAACAUUAUCGGCGAAUGGGACUUACUACUCCGGCCGAUAUCGAUAAGUUCGAACUCGAUUCCAUUCGCAGGACUCAAGCGAAAGCAAAUUUAUCUCGCGACUACUAUUCUUCAGAACGUCUGGCACAGCUCCGUGCAUCAGGCAGCGCCAGGGAUUCAGAAGGUCGCAAAAGUCACGAGAGAGAAUCAACUCCUAAACUUGGGACUCCUGCUGGAACGGGUCCUCCGAUCCGCAGACCGCCCGCUCCUCUCAAUCUUGCCAAUAGCCCAUCUUUGCAUUUACUUACCCCAGCUGAGCAGACGCUCUGCUCGCAACUCCGAAUCUUACCCAAACCAUAUCUCGUCAUCAAGGAGACCCUCGUCCGGGAGUACGCUCGUCGUGGAGGCAAGCUUCGCCGCAGGGAAGCGCGAGAUCUCGUCAAGAUCGAUGUGAAUAAGACGAGUCGAGUUUGGGACUUCUUGGUGCAGGCCGGCUUCCUCAAAAUCACACCGGACCCGCCUCCUGCUCCAGCUGCUGCUCAGGAUACCUCUGUAAACGGCAUCUCCCAUACAUCACUGAGCGUAUCUCCAUCGAAGGAUACUCCACGCAUUUCACCACAUCCUCCCGCAACAGGGAAUCUGUCCAUUAGUCAAAACGGAUUUGGUCACAGACCAAUGCCCAACCACUCACCACCUAGCAUAUCUGCCCCACUCUGGCCUUCAAUUUGACGUCCCUGCUAUCUUUACCCCGCCGUUUGCUUUAUCAAGUAGCAUUUGUACCAUAGCACUCGCAUACAUUAUUUACUACAUGCAACUUAUGGAUUCAUUAUUGAGAUUUUAGACUCCAGAACCAGCUGGUUGGGCGAUUAGAUCGUCAAUGAUACUGCGGUCGACCGGGAUGUUAGCUUUACGCAAGUAAUC